GGGGGGGGUGGGGGUGAAGAGGGAGGAGGGGGAGGUGGAGGUGGAGAGGGAGGAGGGGGAGGUGCCUGUUACGGCGCAGUUUGCGGGGAACUGGCUGCGGUUGAAGUAUCUGAGUGAGGUGCUGCAGAGUAAUCUGAAGGAUGUGCGGUUUCUGUGGGUGGAGGGGGAGUUGAGUCUGUAUUUUACGGCGGAGGAGGUGGUGGAUUUGGUCAAGGUGAGCUUUGAGGAUAAUGCGAGGACGAGGGAGGUGAUUCGGGAGAUUAGGGGGAAUGUGCAGCCGUUGGGGGUGUGAAUGGGUGGGCGAGUUGGAUGGUGAUGGGAUUGUUAGUUUGGACGGUCAUGGUCAUGGGAUGUUACAUUCAGCAUUGCGCGGAUAUAAUCGCGGUUGGAUUGAGCCCGUUUUGGUUUGGAGUUUUCGGCGUCGCCCGCGCACUCGUGUCGUGCCGAAUGCGGUUUGUUUACUUUACCCCUGAAUCCAGAGCCUCGGCUAGCUAUUCCCGAACCGCAGAUGUUUGUUUCCACCACAGCGCUGCUUCGGGUGUCUUGCACCACGACGACAUGCGAGCUCCUGCAGAGAACACCCGCAAUAUCCAGCGUCCUUUUUUUCACUUCCGCGGUUACCGCGACCGGACAACGCAGCGAUCCCCGAAUAGAGAGAAAACCGCAUCCUCAAUACUACGUUGCAACUGUAUGUCUCUUGGUCGCCCUGUCCGUGGCCUGCAGAGAGCACAGUUCGGAAUGCGCGGAGCGGGGGGAAUAGCAAUACGGCCUGCCAGCUCAUGCUCUCGUCGGACCUUGGCUGGGCUGGGCGGCGUCUCAUUCCUUGGCCUCGUACUUUUUGUCUGCAGGUUUGCCUUCUUGUUGCCUCCCCAAGGCGUUCCAUGUCUUUUACCUCUGUGGUUGGUAGUUGGGCAACGGUGCAGCUUUGAUUGCGGCUUUGAUUGCAGGCUCCCUUCACCGGCUUCACUUGCCCGCAAUUGUGGCGGCGCCAAGUCAUGCACGCCCAGUGCCUCAUCCCUCGUGUCGGGAGCAGGAGAGGGGGGGAGGGCGCAGUGAUAAGUCGGGUUGCGGUACCGAGCUGUAUACUGCAUGCAGUCGAGUACCCGGCUUGAGGUGGGCUAAGGGAAAGCAGAGCCGAGGCUGGGACGCCGAUGCUGUCAGGUACUUUCGGUGAUCGGGCCGGGCUGAUGGAGAGAGGCAAGGGGCUGUCUCAGUUUCUUGGGCCUGGAUUGGGCCAGGUUUGGUGAUGGGAUUCUGCACGGCAUGGUGAGGCGUAGCGUGGCAUAACGGACUAGUGGCCUCGGAGGGCUGGGGGAUUUGGGGA